AUGUGGCUCAUCCAACUGGCAUCCGACCCUGGAGUUGGGCGGCAAGUCGCCCAACAUUAUCCUCUCGGACACGGACCGGACUACGCCGUGGAGACAGCCCAUUUCGGCCUCUUCUUCAACAUGGGCCAGUGCUGCUGUGCCGGCUCUCGCACCUUUGUGGAGGAUAUUUUCAUAGUUCAAUCGAUCAUCGUGCCCCGUCACUGGUGGCACUAUGUGGAGGCGACGGAGACAUCGCUCAGUCUCAACUACUGGGUGCCUCUCAAGGACGACAUGGACCUGGCCCUGGACGAGUUUCUGGUCAACCACAUUGUCGAGAGCUUUGUCAAGGGCGAAAGUGAACAGACGAAGCAGUAUCUACUGAAUCCCAAUCAACUGGAGGACAUAUCCUCGACGCCCAGCGAACUGUUUGCCCAGUUCCAGCAGGCCGUACAGAAUGCCGAGAGCGAGGAGCACAAACGGAAGCUGUGGGAAACCGAUUACUUGACUCAAUCCAAAUUUAGGGAGCUCCUUGCUAGAGUGCGUCUCACCGUUCGGCACCUGGAGGUGAUGCCCAAGGAGGAAUACAAGCUCUUGCUGGAGUUCAACUCGAAGCGGCUGCAAACAGAGACGAGAACUGCUACUGAGAGUUUGCCGAUCAGCUCCACAUUGGAACUGCUCAUCAGCAGUAUGUGUGCCCCACGCACCAUUGCGGGCAUGAAACGAGAGUUCUUUCGGAGACUAUAUACGUGA